GAUAAAGACCUUGGGGUGAGGGUCUGAGCAAGGAUUUUCCAUUCCACUUGCUGGAUCCGUGUUAUCUCAUUCUCACUAGGAGAAUUUUAAAAGUGAACGUUUUAGGGGAAGUUCUGUUGGGCGAGGCUGGGGAGCAAAGAGGGUUUCCUGGGGGUUGUUAGGGAUACUUGAACAGGAAGGUUUGCCUUGCGCUCAUCUGGGGAGAACACAGAUAUGCCUCUUGCUUCUCGGAGGAACACCCAGAGCCUCCACCCUGGACACGGGAACUUUUAGACUGGCAGAUGUGGUACUACCCUUGUUUCUGGCCAUGAAUUGACUGAUUUCGUUGAUUUGGGAGGAAAUUAAUAUGAAAAGAGAAUGGAGAAAAAGAAAAGCUGUUAUUCUGAAGGGCAGCGGGAGAGAAGACUGGUGGCAGGAACUGGAGUGAACUCAGCUCCCGCUUCAGUCAAGAGGUAGCUAAGCCGUAAGACACUAACUAGGCCCUGUGGGUUCCUCUGCCCAGCCCUGCUGCAGGGUCUCACUGCAGCAGUCACUCAUUCUGAGCCCCAGCAGCGCAGAGAAAAAGCAGUGCCUUCAGAUUAAUUGUAAAUUGAGUUUAAUCACAAGGCAAUACCAUGCAGGGAGUCAAAAAGAGCCAUUUGUAUCUCUGGAUGGAGCACUACGGAUACGAUGGGCCUGCAAGUUCCAGGGUGUAUUCUCAGCUCUCCAGAAGAAGACGCAAUGCAAACAAAAAGGUGUUAUCGAGCACGUCGAAGUCCACUAAACUAAACGGCAGCAUUGGCUAUGACGGAAAUGAAGAGACAACCACGUUCACUAACGGAAGUAGCAUUGACAGUAUGUCGUAUCAAGAUGACAUGAAAUCGUCAAAUUGCAUGGACCCCACCAGUGAAAAAAGAUAUGGAAAUGAUUCGUCAUUAUACACCAUUGACGGAACUUUGAACAACGGCACAACCCUGUAUGAAAUGAAUUCCUUGAGUGAAUUAUCGAAAGAAGUAUACCUGAACGAUUCUGCUUUGCUACGUGGUAAAGAAGCUGCCAGCGAACUUAGCCAAGUCUCAAGUACAAUGAAAACACAAUCAUCUGUGUCGACCAGCAUUCUCAGCACAUCUGAUUUAAUAUCAGAAGAAAUCCAGGAAGAGCAAAUCAACAAAUGCAAGUUAAACCAGAUCUCCAAGCUGUACGACGAGGACGAGCAUGUUGACAUCCGAGAGUCAUACUGGAGCACAGUUAAGAAAUUUGUGCAUUUCCUUGUGUCCUCAGUUGCCUUCAGAAUAUUUGGAAUACUCCUGAUCUUUCUGGAUGUAUUUCUUGUGGCUAUCGAUCUACAUGCCACUGAAAAGAAUAUUUAUAUUCCUUUGGAAUAUCGGGCCAUUUCUUUAGCUAUUGCUUUAUUUUUCCUUGUGGAUGUUCUUCUCCGAGUGUAUGUAGAAGGGAGACAGCGUUAUUUCUCUGACGUGCUGAACACCCUAGAUGCUGUUGUCAUCGGCGUGACUGUGCUCGUGGCUGUCAUUUAUACACUUUAUGACAAACAGUUUCUCAGAAAUAUUCCAAGACUGGCAGUCUUACUUCGGCCUCUGCGACUGCUCAUCCUGGUAAGAAUUUUGCAGCUGGCCCAUCAGAAGCGACAACUGGAAAAGCUGACUCGGCAGCUGGUUUCGGGUAACAAGCGACGCUACAAGAAGGAUGGCUUCGACCUGGACCUCACUUACGUCACUGAGCGCAUUAUUGCCAUGUCAUUUCCAUCAUCUGGAAGGGAGUCCUUCUAUAGAAAUCCAAUUAAGGAAGUUGUCAGGUUCCUCGACACCAAGCAUCCAAACCACUAUCAAGUCUACAAUCUAUGCAGUGAGAGAUCUUAUGACCCUAAGCGCUUCCACUACAGGGUCCGCAGAAUCAUGAUUGAUGAUCAUAACGUACCUACCCUCGAGGAAAUGUUGUUGUUCUCCAAGGAAGUAAAUGAUUGGAUGGCCCAAGAUCCUGAAAAUGUUGUAGCAAUUCACUGUAAGGGAGGAAAAGGGAGAACUGGAACCAUGGUGUGUGCCUGCCUCAUUGCCAGUGAAAUAGUCCUAAACGCAAAGGCAAGUCUGUACUUUUUUGGAGAGCGACGGACAGAUAAAAGUAACAGCUCUAAGUUUCAAGGAGUAGAGACCCCUUCUCAGAAUAGAUAUGUUAAAUAUUUUGAAAAACUGAAAACUAGCUACCAAUUGACUCUUCCUCCAAAAAAAGUACUUGUGAUAAAAAGAUUCACUGUUUACUCCAUUCAUGGUGUUGGAAAAGGCAAUGGAAGUGAUCUAGAAAUACAAAUAAUGAUGUGGCAGGAGACGAUUUUUUCCUGUUUUAAUUCCAAAAAUUGUAUGAUAUUUCAUGAUGUUGAAACAGACAAAGUAAUAAUUAAUGUGUUCAACUGUCCGGCUCUAUAUGAUGAUGUAAAAGUGAAAUUUCUCUGUCCGAAUCUUCCUAAAUACUAUGAUGACUGCCCCUUUUUCUUUUGGUUUCAUACAUCUUUUAUUCGAAAUAACAGGCUUUAUCUACCAAGAAGCGAAUUGGAUAAUACCCAUAAACAAAAAACAUGGAAAAUUUAUGGUCCAAAGUUUGCAGUCGAGGUGUAUUUUGAGGAGAUAAGCUCCACGGUUAUGUACUAGCUGUUGAAUAAGUGCCGCUCCCCUUCUUGGAUAGAAUUAUGUUCCAGAUCCGUGCUACAUAGUCAUGUCUUCUAACCUAUGUUUUUGAUGGUAUGUCCGUAUUUUAUAUAUAUGUGAGUGUAUAUGCAUGUACAUAUGUUUCUGGGAAAUAUAUUAAAUGUAUACAGGAAAA